AAAUCACCCAUUAAAAAACCAUUAUAAUAUUUUUUAUUGAGGAAAAACAGGUAAAUUUUCUCCCCAACCCCAUUCCAUUGUUCCAGCUUCAAUUAAUAACUCCGUCCAAAAUUAUAAUUGGACAUCAAACAAGCCACCCUUCGGACGGAAGUACGGUCUAUCAUCGAAUUGGGUCAAGCUCAAUUUAAGGACUUCAAACCGGCUCCAUUAACUGUCUCAAGUUCCAAUUUUAUCCCAAUUCAGACUAUUACUUCAUGGUGCAGCAAUCAAGGAAGACAAAAUCCUGAAAUUUUAGCGUUUGGGAAGCGAGAAAGUGCGAGAAAAAUGAGCGGACCGGGGAAGAAAGUCGUCGAUGUGGCGUUCAAAGCAUCAAAGAACAUUGAUUGGGAAGGGAUGGCUAAGCUUUUGGUCUCCGAUGAGGCUCGCAAAGAGUUCGCCACUCUUCGUCGCACUUUUGAUGAAGUUAACUCUACUUUACAAACCAAAUUCAGCCAGGAACCUGAACCCAUUGACUGGGAGUACUAUAGAAAAGGAAUUGGCUCACGCCUGGUAGAUAUGUACAAAGAGGCAUAUGAGAAUGUAGAGAUCCCCAAGUUCGUUGACACCGUCACUCCUCAAUACAAACCAAAAUUUGAUGCAUUGCUUGUAGAAUUGAAAGAGGCAGAGGAGAAAUCCUUGAAAGAGGCAGAGCGAUUGGAGAAAGAAAUUGCUGAGGUUCAAGAACUUAAGCAAAAGAUCAGCACCAUGACCGCAGAUGAGUACUUUGAGAAACAUCCCGAGCUUAAAAAGAAAUUCGAUGAUGAGAUGCGGAAUGACUACUGGGGCUAUUGACAUCUUUGUGAAUUUAAUGGCCAAGCUUUUGGUCUCGACUAGAAUUUCUGAACCGUUUCUGUUGUUUUAACCCCUUUUUCUCUUGUAUGGUGAUCUGGGUUGGAAAGAUUAGGCUGUAAUGAUAAUAAGAAAAUAUUUUUUUGUGUGAGAAAA